GUUGCAUGUUUUUUGUUUUGUUUUGUUUGUUUGUUUGUUUUUUGGGUUGUUUUUUUUUUUAAUGCAACAAUUUUUAAUUUACAGGUGUUUCUGUAAUGUUUAUAAAAAUAGAGUUAAAUUGCAUAUGCCCAACACACUUGCUUUAUACAGGUGGAGGGCAGACCAGCUGACGGAGCAGCAGGAGGAGGGGCAGGCAGGCAGGCAGGCAGGCAGCCCGGCUGGAUGAGGAGCUGCUCCUCUCCGACAGACGGACAACUUGAGCGGAGUGAACCUGCGACGCAGCCCGCUGCUGCCGAGUCCCCGGCAGCGACCAGCCACUGGGAGUUUAGCUAGCUAAGCUAGCUAGCGGGCUUAGUUUAGUCGUUGAUAUAGGAAGGACAGCGGUGCUGUUUGCAACUCUGGGCGGCAGAAUUAAAUCCGAGUCCUUUCAUAAAUUGUUUAAGUUGCGAUUUAAACAUGUCUAUAUUACCGUUCACUCCACCGAUCGUGAAGAGGCUGCUGGGCUGGAAGAAGGGAGAGCAGAAUGGGCAGGAGGAGAAAUGGUGCGAAAAGGCAGUCAAAAGUCUUGUGAAGAAGUUGAAAAAGACGGGACAGCUGGACGAGUUGGAAAAAGCCAUCACCACACAGAAUGUCAACACGAAAUGCAUAACAAUACCCAGAUCUUUAGAUGGGCGUCUUCAGGUCUCCCACAGAAAAGGUCUUCCACACGUCAUCUACUGUCGCUUGUGGCGCUGGCCAGACCUGCAGUCUCACCAUGAGCUGAGGGCUGUCGACCACUGUGAAUUUGCCUUCCACACGAAGAAGGAUGAAGUCUGCGUCAACCCCUACCACUAUCAGAGGGUGGAGACACCAAUUUUGCCUCCUGUCCUAGUGCCACGACAUACAGAUAUCCCUGCAGAGUUUCCUCCGUUGGAUGACUACAGCCCAUCCAUCCCCGAGAACACCAACUUCCCUGCUGGCAUUGAGCCCCAGAGUAACUAUAUUCCUGAAACUCCCCCACCGGGGUAUCUGAGUGAGGAUGGUGAAACAAAUGAUCACCAGCUCAACCACAGCAUGGACACAGGUUCACCCAGCCUGUCGCCCAAUCCCGUGUCACCCGCAAACAGUAAUCUUGACUUACAACCUGUGACGUACUGUGAGUCUGCCUUCUGGUGCUCUAUCUCCUACUACGAGCUGAACCAACGUGUAGGAGAGACCUUCCACGCCUCCCAGCCCUCCCUCACAGUCGAUGGAUUCACAGACCCCUCCAACUCUGAACGCUUCUGUCUAGGCUUGCUGUCCAACGUCAACCGCAACUCGGCAGUAGAGCUAACACGCAGACACAUAGGACGGGGUGUGAGGUUGUACUACAUUGGGGGAGAGGUGUUUGCAGAGUGUCUCAGUGACAGUGCCAUCUUUGUCCAGAGUCCCAACUGCAACCAGCGCUAUGGCUGGCAUCCUGCCACUGUCUGUAAAAUACCACCAGGCUGCAACUUGAAGAUCUUUAACAACCAGGAGUUUGCUGCUCUGCUCGCCCAGUCAGUCAACCAGGGCUUUGAGGCCGUCUACCAGCUGACCAGGAUGUGUACCAUUCGCAUGAGUUUUGUCAAGGGCUGGGGAGCUGAGUACAGGCGUCAAACAGUGACCAGCACCCCCUGCUGGAUAGAACUGCAUCUCAAUGGCCCUUUGCAGUGGCUGGACAAGGUCCUCACACAGAUGGGCUCUCCCAGCAUCCACUGCUCCAGUGUGUCAUAGGAGUAGCACAUGCUUUCAUACACCCUCUUUCCCAUCCCAACACGUAUACACAAACCACAUAGGAAAACUCAAGUGUCUCUCGAUGAUGAUGAGGGAAGAGACGCCAUACAGCAAAUCAACAAAUCACUCUCCCCGUUGCUAUCUCUAACAUUUCACCUCACAUCUAUAGCACUUUCCUCAGUACCAUUUAGUGUCUCCAUUUGAUGGUUAUUUAAAGACUUGUAGGACAUGUUUUGUUUUCAUGUGUUCAAUGGGCAGCCACAGGGUAUUUGCAACAGGUUUCAUGAGACUUGCCACAUUUUCUUCAUUAUUCAUCUAGACAUCAUGCGUAUGCUUAGUGUUCUGUUUUUAUUAAGGGGAUUGAAAUGUGUCUCCCAAGUUGAAGUUGUAGUACACUUUCAGCUUAGUCACCUUUUUACAUGUUUCAAAACAUUUUUGAUUCUAUGAAUUAGCUAAAGGUAUGAAUACGCUAUCAUCACUGGUGUUUCAGUGUCCUGGUACCACUCUUUGUAAUCACUGAAUUGAGUCAUAAUUUAUCAAUUGAAUCAUGAAUUAACUUGAAAAAUGUAAAUUUGAGUAGUGAUUAAAUAGAAUAUAUUUAAUGAAUAUUUUAAGUACAAGGUACUUUGCCCAUAUUGAUUUAUCUGCAUUAAUGAAAGUGUCAAUUAUCUGAUUGAUCAUGUAAUUGGUAUUUUAUCUAUUUUAAACAAAGUAUAGACAUUAGCACCAUUGUUUCUUGAAAAGAACCCUUGUAUGAAAACUAUUUUGCUCAGUGAAAGAGACAUUUUAUAAGUUAUUUUUGCAUACUGUCCUGCAUGGGAAUAUAUUUUUUUUAAAUGCCUCAAUAUGAUUGUACAUAAAUAUUUAUAGCUUGUGAUUUCCUGUAGUCAUGUAUUGCUUGAAACCCUGGACCUGACUGACCUCUGGUAUGAGUAGAUUCACAGAAGGACUUCGCUUUAAUGACCCAAAGCUUGGUGGGGUUUUCGAACCCAGGUCAACUGGUUCUUAAGUGUGACACUUAGGAUUACUGUACCAGUUAUUACUGUUAGUUCAUCAUAGGAACAUAGAGUACGAAAAACCAUAUGAGCAGUGGAUUGGUUGAAUUUAGGCACCGUGUGACCAUUGAUGGCAUGUAGAGUGAAAAUAGAAAUGCAGGUCUUUCUCACUAUUACCAACCAAUAGUACACUAUGCUCCUUGUGGGUAGAUGAUGUACUUCCAACCUACUGUGUUGAUCAGUGUAAAGCUUUAGUUUUAGUGGUAGUUUGCCUGUCCAGUAAAUACUGUAUAUCACAUGUACUUUGCUACAAUAUAAAGCAUGUGUUAUAUGCUUGCUAUCUUUGGUCAUUUUCUAUGGAGCCACCAUGUUUAUCCUGCACAUACUUACAGUACAUAAGUCUGUCAUCAUGUAACAUAUUUAAAACAGUUACAUGGAGCUAAACUGAAGUCCUAUGUACUACAGUGCAUUAGGUAGUUUGUAGAUCUGUAUCAGUACUUGUGUUCCUUGAUAUUCUUAGUUGGUGGUUUUCUUUUCCAAGUCUUAUGUACAUGUUUUUUCAUGUAACGUAAUAUUUGUUCUCAAAUGACCAUUGUUUUGUUAUCUGUGAAAUUUAAUAAAUUGCAACUGGGUAAAAAGAA